AUGGGAGGUCUUUUUGGACGGGGAGUGCGAGGCGAUGGGGGUCGUGGAGGUCUGGACCAGCAAGUUCUUGCGCUGAAAAGUGGUUCAGGGCUUAGUUACCUAUGCGGAGUUAAAGAAAGAGGUGAACUUGAAAAGAAAGAGGAUUUUGAUGAGGAGGAGGAAGAGAUAGAGCGGAUCGGGGAUGAUGGUGGUGAGGGCGAGGAAGACGACGAUCUUGAUCGUUUUCUGCUGAAGCGGCUCGCAAUAACGGGGAGUAUUUUAUUGGCGGACAUCUAA